GAUUUCAUAUUAUAAUAUGAGCACAAAAAAGACUACUUUAGGUGAUUGCCGUUUUUACGAGCAGAAGUUCCCCAACCCUGGGGACCUUCUUAUGGUAAAGGUGAAUCGUAUUGAAGCUCAGGGUGUAUACGUCUCUUUGCUUGAAUACGAUGACCGUGAGGGUUUAAUUUUAUUAAGCGAGCUUUCGAAGCGUCGUUACAGGAGUAUUAACAAGCUGGUAAAAGUUGGCCGUCAUGAGGUUGUGUUGGUACUUCGUGUAGACCCUGUAAAGGGCUACAUCGAUCUAUCAAAGCGCCGUGUAUCACCUGAGGAUAUUGUUAAGUGUGAGGAGAAGUUUUCAAAGGCUAAGAAGGUUCACCAGACUGUGCGACACAUAGCGCAGAAGCACGGCAUGUCUGUUGAGGAGCUCAACCGUAUAUGUAUUUGGCCGUUAUAUCAGCGUUAUCCCAACGCUUUGGAUGCGCUUAAGGAAGCUGCCAUUAACAAAACUAACAUUUUUAAGGAUCUUCCCAUAGCACCUGAAGUGAUUGAUUCCUUGAUUGCUGACAUCCAGUUACGGCUGACUCCUCAAGCCUUGAAGUUAAGGUGCAUGAUAGAUGUUUGGUGCUUUGGCCCGGACGGUAUUGAGGCUGUCAAGAGUGCCUUGAUGUUGGCUAAGGCCAAUGAGGAGCAUAAUAUUCAGGUUAAGCUCAUCGCACCUCCUCAGUACGAGAUAAUGACCACAUGUCAUGAUAAGGACAAGGGUAUGGACAUUAUAACUACGGCUUUGGAGGAGAUUUCCAAUAAGAUUCGCUCGUACGCUGGUGGCGAGUUUAAGCAGCGUGGUGACAUUAUCAUUGUGGGUGACGAGGACGAGCGUCACUUGUAUAGUUUGUUGGAAGGCCAGGAGAGCAGUGAGGAGGAGGAGGACUCUUCCAGUUCUGAUGAGAGUGAGGAAGAGGAUGAGGGUAUGGGUCGUGUUGACGAGUCGAUGCUACCUCCGGACGCUGUCGAGCCUGAUGCAGAUUCAGAUUAGCUAUUAGGGUCCUCUA